AUGGCUUUGCAACUACCUAGAUUCACGAGAUGUUGUUUUUGCCUUUCCUUGAGGACGGGUUCGUUGAUCGUCGGAUAUAUAUCAAUUGUGGUAUCGCUAUUGUUCAUGGCGGCGAUAUCGUUCUUCCUGUACCACGUGGUGAUGUUCGUGAACCACAACCAGAACCAGUCGAACCCUGAGCAUUCUCCGGAGGAGUUGGCGCAGGUCGCGCUCGGCGUCUACGUGUCCCAGGCGUUCUACUUGCUUGUCUUUCUAUUUCUUCUUAUCAUCAACAUAAUGCUAGUCGUCGGAGUGCACACAGAUAAGCCCAGACUUCUUCGGAUCUACACUUACAGUGGAUUUUUCCUAUUCGGAAUGUCCAUAGGACUCGUGGUGGUGUCGAUGGUCUUCGUUGGAUUUCUGGCAACACUGCCGCUAUUGAAGUGGUGCUUCAUCAAUUUCUUGUGCCUGUUGUUGGUGAGAAGCACUUAUCUGGAUAUGGAGGAGAGAAACAAGCCUCGUGUGUACGAGAUGCAAACCCUGUAUAGUCCGCAACAAGCACCGCUAACGGCAUGA